AUGCCACUCAAAGCGCAGCUUACAAUCCGAUUAUUUGUUUCAGGAUUAGAAUUACAAAAGAAAUGGAAGGGUAUUCGAGAUGCAUAUGUAAAAGAAGUAAAAAAUAUGAAACAAGUUAAGUCUGGAUCGGGAGCAGAGAAGUCGUCAUAUUUAUAUUAUAGAAGGUUGCAAUUUCUACAACCAACCAUAAAAAAAAAUUCUACCGAGAGUAGUUUUGAAAUUGCAGACGUUGGCGGUGAUGGAAAUUUAGAAUCAUCGACUGAAACUUCAAUUGAGGAAGAUAGUUCCAGAGUUCCAAACGAAGAACGUACUUUCAAAAGUCCUCUUCAGCAACGAAAAAAAAUAAAACUUCAUCCUGCUGAUGAGCACUUUGCCAACAUCAUAGAAAAAAGUUUAAAUCAGAGGAAUACUGUAGAUAAAAAAGAAGAUGACGAAGAUAAAUUAUUUUGUUUAUCUUUAUAUAAAGAAAUUAAAAAAGUACCAGAUGCAAUGCGUUUAAAAACUAAAAUCGAAAUUUAUAACCUACUUUUAAAAAAUCAAGCAAUACAAACUCAUACUCAACCUUCAAGUACAGAUACCUCUAAAUCCAACCAUGUAUCCACACCGUACAGCCAACAAAAUACGCAACGAUAUGCAUACCCACAAUAUGAUCGUCCAAAUUAUACAACUAUUCCUACAUACGAUACGCUUCGUUAUAAUCACAUUUACACUCAAUUCAACCAAAAUAUGGAACCUCUACAAGCUCCUUCACCUUUGUCUACUAAUAGUGAGAUUUCUCAAGAGUCGUCUGACCUUGAUUUAUUUGGAUAA